AUGACGAGCAUAGUUGGGUUAGUAUUUGCAGUAUUGAUAAUCUCAAUGCGGAGAGGAAAAGGGAAGAAAUUGCCACCGGGUCCGUUUGGGUUGCCAGUAAUUGGACAUAUGCACUUGUUCGCAGGUGCAACUCAUCUGCACCACACACUGCAUAACCUGAGCAUGAAAUAUGGGCCUCUGAUGCAAAUCCGUUUGGGAUCAGUGCUCUCAGUGGUGGUGUCUUCUCCAGAGAUGGCAAAGGAGUUUCUCAAGACCCAUGACUCCAAAUUCUCAUCCAGGCCCCAAAUGUCUGCCAUAAAAUACAUGGCCUACAAUUACUCAGACUUCACAUUUGCCCCAUAUGGCCCCUACUGGAAAUUCAUGAGGAAGAUCUGCGUGUUGGAGCUUUUGGGUGGCAGGCAAUUGGAACAGUUCAAGCCCAUUAAAAAAGAAGAAAUGAUCCUCUUGUUGCAGACCGUCUACAAGAGAUCUGUUGUAGAUAUGGCUUCCGAGCUGACUUCCUUGGCCAAUAACGUUAUUUCUAGAAUGGCCAUGAGCACCCGCUGCUCUGGCACAGAUGCGCAGGCUUCUGAAUGCAAGAAGAUUGUGCAGGAGGUGAUAGAGCUCACUGGGAAGUUCAACCUGGGAGAUUAUAUAUUCUUCUGCAAGAACCUUGAUUUGCAGGGUUAUGAACGUCAGAUGAAAGAUGUUCACAGGCGUUUUGACAACAUUAUGAAUCAGAUCUUAGAGCAGCAUGAACAACAAGCAGCAAAUGACAAUGAUAAUGAUGAUGACCAUGUCAAUGGCCGGCCUAAGGACCUCAUUGAUAUUCUCCUCUCCAUUUCUAAAGACAAGCAAGCUGAAGUGAAACUCACUACAGACAAUAUCAAGGGCACCGUCCUGGAUCUAUUCACUGCGGGUACAGAUACUUCAUCAAUUGCGACAGAAUGGGCACUAGCUGAGGUUAUAAGAAAUCCUGAAAUCUUGAAUAAAGCUCGCGAAGAAAUUAUGGAGGUGGUAGGAAGUGGGAGACUUGUUGAAGAAUCUGACAUUCCCAAGAUGGUUUAUCUUCAGUCAAUAGUGAAGGAGAGCCUACGUCUGCACCCUCCUGGGCCAUUAGCACUGAGGGAAUCCACAGAGGAGUGCAAUAUAGAUGGUUAUUUUAUCCCUGCAAAGACAAGAGUAUUUAUUAACAUAUGGGCUAUAGGACGAGAUCCGAAACACUGGGAGAAUCCUCUUGAAUUUCGACCAGAGAGGUUUAGUGAGAGCAGUAUUGAUGUAAGAGGUCAGAACUUCCAGAUUCUACCAUUUGGAGGUGGACGAAGAGGAUGCCCUGGAACUUCACUUGCCCUAUCUUUCAUUCACAUUGUAUUGGCCAAUAUGAUUCACUGCUUUGAUUGGAAGUUGGUGAACGAAGAAGGGGGCACUAUGACCAUGGCAAACAUGAACAUGGAAGAAGGUGUUGGGUUUACAGCUCCCAGAGCUGUCCCAUUGAAGUGCAAGGCCGCCCCUCGAUUCCCCCAAGUAUCGGAAUGGUUAUCUUGUUAG